GGGAAUGAGACGCUUUCCACCUCGGGUCAUGCGAGCACUGGAGGAAAGUAAAGUUUGACAUCUCAAUCAAAAAAGGGUUCUCAACGUGAAGUGUUGCUUCUCCCUCCUUUAGAGACAUGUGGAUGAGCCUCACUCUCUCACUCAUGGCUGCCUUGGCGCUGUGCACAGAGGUCUCCGUCCCUCAGGAUGUGGGCUCACUGGAUCCAUCUGAAAAUCCAGCAGAGAAGGCAAAUUCCAGCUAUGAUGAUUUAUCUUCCCCAUAUGGACCUUCCAGACCUCAGAUCUUGUUGGCUCAGUAUGAAUGUUACCUGAAGAUAAUUCACGAGCCACUUCGCACAGAUGAAGGUCCUUUCUGUAACCGUACGUGGGACGGUUGGUUGUGUUGGGAUGACUCGGUGCCGGGGACUUCUAGGCAGAUGUGUCCUUCAUACUUUAUAGACUUUGACCCCGGAGAAACAGCUACCAAAAUUUGUAGUCCUGAUGGCCAGUGGUUCCAGCAUCCAGAAAGCAAAAGAGUCUGGACCAACUACACACUGUGUUCAGUAAAGAAAGACAAAGUCAAGUUUGCAUUCAGUCUCUAUUACCUGACAAUGGUUGGUCAUGGCAUAUCCAUCGUUUCUUUAAUCGUCAGUUUGAUAAUCUUCUCCUAUUUAAAUCUUAGCUGUCAGAGGAUCUCUCUCCACAAAAACAUGUUCAUCUCUUUCAUCUUCAACUCUGUGUUUACCAUGUGGUGGCUUUCAAUUCACUCCGGUAGUAGUCAAAUCAUACGUGCCUACCCUGUCAGCUGCAAGAUUCUGGCUAUUUUGGUUCAGUAUACGUAUACCUGCAACUUCUUCUGGAUGCUGUGUGAGGGCAUCUAUCUCCACACGCUCAUCAUAGUGGCCGUCUUUGUGGGGGAACAGCAGCUGUUUUGGUACUAUGUCCUGGGAUGGGUUUUUCCCAUCAUUCCUGCCAUGACAUAUGCUGUUGCUCGUGUAUUCUACUAUAAUGACUGGUGUUGGAUCAGUUCACACUCCCAGCUCCUCUACAUAAUUCAUGGGCCCAUUCAUGCUGCACUCUUUGUAAACCUUUUCUUUCUCCUGAACGUCAUCCGAGUUCUCAUUACCAAGCUGAGAAAGACUCACUGCACUGAGUCUACCGCCUACAUGAAGGCGGUGAGAGCCACGCUCAUCCUGAUCCCUCUGCUGGGAAUUCAGCACAUCCUCAUGGCCUGGAUGCCAGACAUAAAUGAACACCAAGUCAUUUACGUCUUUGUGACUGUCCUUUCCAACUUCCAGGGACUCCUUGUGUCAAUUAUUCUCUGUUUCUGCAAUGCAGAGGCACAAACAGCGAUGCGCAGGAAGUGGGUUCAGUGGAAGAUCGCCUGGGGGAAAACGGGUUUGGGAGAAACUCCGUUUGUCAGCCAUCACUUCAACUGUCACACUACCUCCUCCAUCAUGGAGACCAGCCGUGCCACUGGCAGCACCGAGGUGCCCGCCGAGGUGCCUGCCGAGGUGCCUGCCGCGGCGCAGUCUCACCAACAGACGGACCCCUGUCACCUCGUGCCUGUGGGGCAGCAAAAGACAGGAUAAGGAUGUACAAACCAAGACCUGAGCUGUGACCUCCGAAGCAGGUCACAGGUCAGUUGCUGUGGUGUCCAACAACUAAAGCACUCAACAUCUGAAAAAAAGAAACUAAAACUUAUUUACAAAGUAAAUGGAAAGUGAUUGCUUUGUAUGUACAUAAAUGAUAUUAUAUGAACAACCUGAUAUUUUUACACCAGUCAAGAACUUGUAGGAAGACAUUUAUCAUUGUGCCAUUGUAUUGUUACUGUGCAUUUUAAUAGGCAGUGCAUUAUUUUUCUUCUUGUUUUUAACUAAAGUUUCUUUAUACUACACUUGAAAAUGCUACUACAAAAUUGUGCAUUAUGCAGAUUGUGCGUUCUGUAGCCUUUCGGAGCUUUUACAUUGUCUGGUGUAAGUAUUUUGAACUAUUCACAUUUUUCUAUUUUACAACCCAAAUCCUCAGUGAAUUUUAUGUGACGGAUCAGCACAAAGUAGUCCUCACUUGUGUAUAAAACACAUCAAACUGUGCAGUUGCAGCAUGAGAAAAUGUGAAAAGGUUCAAGGGAAUUCAAAAGUCACAUUUUUAUCUGCAGGUAUUUUCACUUCAAACAAUGUUCUGCUUUACUUUCCGUUAUUUAAAAAAAAAAAAAAAAACAUGGAUUGCAACUUGGAAAUGUCCAGCUCCGACCCGCAACCCACAAAAAUGUUAGAGACCUCACUAACUGCCACAACACACACACACACACACACACACACACACACACACACACACACACACACACACACACACACACACACACACACACACACACAAAUUCAUAUGUCUUUCAAAGAGACAAGAGUUGCACAGAUCAGAAAUUGGUGGCUGGUUCGAAUUUCAUUUUGUGAAAUUGUCUACAUCAAUUUAGCUUUUCACAAUUUCCUUUUAAAAAUGGGUAAUACAUUAAUAUAUGGUAAUAGCUUCAUCUUGCUGCCAGAAGCAAUUAUCAGCUACUUAUUUUUUAUUUAUCUAUUUUUUUUUAGCAUUUUUUUCUCCAAAAAGUUUUUGUGGUGCUAGUGGGUGCGCCACCACAGCAUGCCCCAUCAGCUACUUAUAUUAGUGAGGCUACUGCAUGCGAAUGUUGGUGAUUAGCACAGUGAGCAUUGCUAAAAUCACAGUCUUUAGAGAAUUUGGAUUCUUGCCUUAACUUCGCCUUAAGAUUUCUUAAAUUCUCGGCUGACCAGCAAAAAAAUGCUGGUAAGAUUUGAGAAACAUUCCAAAAUAAAAAAUAAUAUCCAAAGAAAAGUCAAUAUCAUGUUGCUUGAUGUUUAUAUUUUAAAACUGUCAUUAAUGUGUGGAAAUAAAGAUCUAAGUCUUAAAUCAGCUUGUUGCUCACAUUUUGAAAGCUCAAAAAGAUAAAAUGCCAAUGCUGUACUCAGUUCAGCCUUCCUGUUAUCAGCUUUAAAUCUUGCCCUCCACAACCUGACCUAACUUCAAAUCUUUCUAGACUGGUUUUUGAAAAUAGAGUUUUAUUUCAAAUAACUUAUAUAGAUCUCUCUGUUUCCUUUGGCUUCAUGGUAAACACCCCUCUGAUAAUGAAAAUAGCUAAUCGCUUAGCUUCAGUGUCCACAUCACAGUGUUAUUAGCACAAGCCUGGUGAUGGUAAGCCUGGUGUGUUCACUGAUUGAAAACAAAAAAAAAAAGCAGGAAUUUAGACAAUUCUGGUCAUCAGAAAAUUUCUCUCUGCCCUUCUAAUCCCAAAUUGUCACUGUAAAGUACCCAAUAAGGCACUGUGUAGGUUUAGUCUUAGGUUAUCGGUUGAAAACUCUAAACCUGGAAUGAGAUGUUUCAGCUCUCCUCUUUAUGUCUUAUUGAAACAGUUGAGUGAAAGUUGUUUUUAACUGGAUACUAACUCUAACCAGCUUCCUGGACUUUAGGUCAUUUUUUCCCAAAAGCUUAGCACAGCUUUUCUCAUAUCUGCUUUGUUGUAAAAUAGAUAUUUUUUACCUGAAGCCAUUAACUUGGACAGCAAACUGAGUAACACAAGCCAAUUUUCACCAUAAACUAAGGCAGUUCAGUCUUGAUUUGGUAUGCGAGUCAAGUUGAACUUUUAACUGAAUGUGUUUACAAGUAGGCUCUGUUGUCAACACAAUAAGUCUUAUUCAUAACAUAUCCAGUAACACCAUAGCUUGGGUUUAAGUGCAAACCCAUAAUACUUGCUUGAUUUGCCAACACCUACAGUUUAUAUUAUGUCAUAAGUGUUUUUGUAUUGCUGUAAAAAAUCUGAAUUUGAUGCAAGACUUUUAUUCUAAUAAUAAACCUCACAGACUUUUUGUCAGUAUAGUUUUUUCUUUUUCAAUUUUUACAUCAGCACUGCAAGGUUUGUGUAUAUGUUUUAUAUUUCAGAUGCCUUUAAAUGUUGAUACUACUAUGUUUGCUGCAAAAUAUUUUUCUACAAAUUCAAAAAAUAUACAAUUUUGUGACACCCGUGGAGUUUUAUUUUCAUACAUUUUUCAUGUUUCAUGUUGUAUAUACACUUGCAAUACUACUACUCUUUACAAAAUUUUAUUGUAAAACUACAGAAGUUUUAACACGUUUUCUGUCAUUGUAAGCCAGAUGAUGCAAAAAAUGCUGGUCAGCCGAGAAACAGAUUUGAGAAACAUUCCAAAAUAAAAUAUAAUAUCCAAAAGGUCAA